CUUGGUCUUGCCUUUGCGUGCGACGUGUUGCGUGGCAAGCUUGCUAAAGUCACCCGUUUAACAGCUCAUCGAAGCAUCAAAGCGAGACCGCCACGCAUUGCAGCCUGCGAGCGACCAGCACCAGCGCCACACCAGAGAGCUGCAACCUCAGCCGUGCACAAGCAUGCGACGAACACUCAUCGCACUGCUCGCGUGCGGCGCAACCGCCCUGCAGCCCAGCACACAACCUCACCGACGAAACCGCGUCGCGCGGCCGUCGAGCGCCGACGGCGACAUUGGAGUAUCGCUCGAGGACAUGAAUAGUCCCGGCGCCAAAAUAGCACAGCUCAAGAAGGAGAUGGACGAAGCGCAGAAGGCCCGAACCGGUGCGGACGAGAUUCAUCGUUGUUUAGUGCUUCGUCGCGCCGUCGCGACCUCGCGUCGUCGCACGCGAAGCAAUUAUCGAUUUCCGCGCAGGCGGGCGACAUCGACACGGUCGUCGAACUGAUGGGCACGCUGCUCAGCCUGGAGGGCGCCUACGAGAGCGAGGCGGGCGAGGACGAGUCUCCGCCGGGGCCGUGCGCGGACUAAGUUUUAGG